ACGUUCUUCACGCUGGGCAGCGAGCCGGCAGAUCCUCCAUGCUUUGCCCGCCGCCGCGCCUCUGACCUCUCCUCCUCCUCCCCGCCCAGCCGGUGCCGCCGCCGCUGCUUCCCGCGGAAUAAUAAUAAAAAGUAGCCCCCGAUAAAACGGGCCGGCCGCCUCCCUCGGCCCCGACCCGCACGCCACGCGGGACUCACCCACCCUCCCCUUCCCUCGCCCCUCCCUCCCUCUCCCUCCCUAGGAUGCGCGCCUCCCCCCGCCUCCUCCGGCCGGAACCCUAGCCAGGCGUGCAGGCGCGCAGCAGGCGGGGCCCCCGCGCCGCGCCGCGCCGAGCCGAUGGGGAGGCCGGGGUACCUGACGCUGCCCAUCUUCGCGGUGCUCGCCGCGAUCGGCUACGUCUACUACACCACGGUCUUCGUCGCCGUCGCCGGCUGGCUCGGCCUCUCCACGGCCGCCGGGGUCGCCAACGCCGCCGCCUUCACGGCCCUCGCCGCCGCCUGCCUCGCCACCUACUACGCCGCCGUCUCCCGGGACCCCGGCCGGGUGCCGCCCGCCUUCCUGCCCGACGUCGAGGGCGCCGAGACCCCCGUCCACGAGGUCAAGCGCAAGGGUGGUGAUUUGAGAUACUGCCAGAAAUGUGGCCACUAUAAGCCCCCACGCGCACACCAUUGCCGUGUGUGCAAGAGAUGUGUUCUGAAAAUGGACCAUCACUGUAUUUGGAUUAAUAACUGUGUUGGGCACGAAAACUACAAGAUAUUCUUGGUCUUUGUAUUGUAUGCUGUAAUUGCAAGCUUCUAUUCAAUGAUUCUAAUUGUGGGGAGCGUCAUUCACAGUGCUCCGAAAGAUGAACAGUUAAGCAGUGAUUCUUCUAGAACAUUGAUUAUUAUUUGUGGGAUCAUUCUUUGUCCAUUAACUCUGGCGCUGUCGGUGCUCUUGGGCUGGCAUAUCCACCUCAUAUUACAGAAUAAAACUACAAUUGAGUACCAUGAAGGAGUUAGAGCAAUGUGGUUGGCAGAAAAGGGUGGAGACCUUUAUCAUCAUCCAUAUGACCUUGGUGUCUAUGAGAAUCUUAUUUCGGUGCUUGGGCGUAGCAUAUUCUGCUGGCUCUGCCCAGUAUCAGUCAAUACAGGCAAUGGCCUACGGUUCCGUGCAUCAUAUGAUAUUUUACCAUCUACACCGCCAUGUGAUUUACAAAAGAUAGCAUUACAUUCACAUUGAGGUUAGCGGAUACUUCUUAAAACCCUCAAAUGUAAGAUAUGAGAAAAGAUGCCUCCGGAUCCAGAAGUAUUUCCACCUCACCAGGGUUUCGUUUUGAGAUGGUCGUAUUUCCAGUAUGAGGAAGAUGACUGCUGCCUCAGCUCAUAAUCCGGUCUCAGCUGUGUUUGUACACAAAAAGCUUAACCCUUCGUGUUGUAAAGUAAAUGUACAUGCUGUGUUCGGAAGCAAAAGCAUAUCAAAGCAAAUUUUGCUGAGAUGCACGUCUGUUCAGAAGUAAAUGUCACAUGUGCUGUAUACAUCUGCAAUUACAUUAUCAGACACGGAAAUGUCAUUGCUGUGCAGUAAAAAUGACUCGGUCAGAAGAGUUGACAUUUCA